AUGAAGGAAGAACACAUGAUGAAGGAAGAACACAUGAUGAAAGAAGAACACAUGAUGAAAGAAGAACACAUGAUGAAAGAAGAACACAUGAUGAAAGAAGAACACAUGAUGAAAGAAGAACACAUGAUGAGAGAAGAACACAUGAUGAAAGAAGAACACAUGAUGAAAGAAGAACACAUGAAGGAAGAAGAACACAUGAUGAAAGAAGAACACAUGAUGAAAGAAGAACACAUGAUGAAAGAAGAACACAUGAUGAAAGAAGAACACAUGAUGAAGGAAGAACACAUGAAGGAAGAAGAACACAUGAUGAAGGAAGAACACAUGAUGAAGGAAGAACACAUGAUGAAGGAAGAACACAUGAUGAAAGAAGAACACAUGAUGAAAGAAGAACACAUGAUGAAAGAAGAACACAUGAUGAAGGAAGAACACAUGAAGGAAGAAGAACACAUGAUGAAGGAAGAACACAUGAUGAAAGAAGAACACAUGAUGAAAGAAGACACAUGA